AUGGCCCAACCUCAGUACAACUCAUACGGUCAAGGCGGCUACGGCUCCUCCAACCCAUACGACAAUCGAACAGAGAACAGUAACCCCGCCUACGGUCAACCACAAGGCUAUGGAGGCAACCAGGGCUACACCCAACACCACGAUGUCGAGAUGCAACCUCUUAAUGGGGAGUAUGCACAAUCCGGCACUCCCAACCCGCAUCAGCAACAUCAACGAGACCCCAAUGCCAUCCUAAACGACUGCCGCCAAGUCGGUCGCGCAAUCGACGACCUCGAGUCCCGCCUCCCUGAACUACAACGCCUCCAAAAGGCCUUCGCCAAUGGCAACGCAAGCAAUGCCCAAAUCGACUCCUUAAGCGCGGACAUCAUGACCGGGUAUCGUGGCCUGGGUGACCGUGUCCGUCGUAUCAAGAGCCAGCCUGAAGCCGGCAACCCACGAAACAGACCUCAAGUCGAGGCUCUCGACCGAAGAAUAAGGAAGGCAAUAAACAGCUACCAACAAGCCGAAUCCGCCUUCCGCAAAGAAGUCCAAGACCAAAACGUCCGCCAAUACAAGAUCGUGCGCCCCGACGCCACAGCCGCCGAAUUAGAAGAAGUCGCCAAUAGCAACGGCGAUGUCCAAAUCUUCCAACAAGCCCUCAUGAAUGCCGACAGGCGCGGGAACUCGCAAUCCACCCUCCGCAACGUGCAACAGCGUCACGAUGCGAUCCAGCAGAUUCAGAGGACGUUGGAGGAGUUGGCGCAGUUAUUCCAGGAUCUGGAUCAGAUGGUUGUGGAGCAGGAGCCGAUGGUGGAGCAGAUCCAGCAGAAGACGGAGCAGACGACUGAUCAUGUCGUCGCGGCGAAUGUGGACAUGGGGAAGGCGGUGAAUAGUGCCCGGGCGGCGAGGAAGAAGAAGUGGAUCUGUCUUGGGAUCUGUGUCUCUAUCAUCCUCAUCAUUAUCAUUAUCGUGCUGGCCUACGGUGCCACUCAAGGCUGGUUCAGCCAUAAGAACACCACCAACACCAACACCAACGGCACUGCUUAA